UGGAGUGACGAGUAUCUGGAAGAGUUGGAUCGGUUAGGUGAAGGUGCUGGAGGUGCGGUACAUCUCGUGAGGGAUAAGCGUACCGGGGUCACCAUGGCACGGAAGACCAUCACCACACAUGAGGCGCCCAUGAAGCAACUGCUUCGAGAGCUGUCGAUCGUGUCAUCCGCCUCUCAUCGAAACAUCAUUCACUUCUACGGGGCAUACAUCAGCCCGAGCAGCAGCGAAGUCAAGGUUCUGAUGGACUUCUGCGAAGGAAAGAGUCUGGAAGCCAUUGGGAAGAGGAUCAAGGAGCGCAACGCUCGAGUCGGCGAGAAGGUUGCAGGGAGGCUGGCGGAGGGCGUGUUGCAAGGCCUCGCAUAUCUCCAUUCGAAGAAGACGAUACACAGGGACAUCAAGCCAUCAAACAUUCUACUGUCUCGUGAAGGCGUAGUCAAGCUUUGUGACUUCGGUGUAUCCGGUGAACUUGUCAAUUCCCACGCUGGGACCUUCACGGGAACAAGUUUUUAUAUGGCCCCUGAACGUAUCUCUGGGCACGAAUAUACCAUUAGAUCCGACGUUUGGUCGACGGGAAUAUCGUUGCUUGAGUUGGUCAUGAACCGAUUCCCCUUCCCGAACGAUCUUCCGCCCAUCGAUUUGAUGAUGUAUAUCACCCAGAGCGAGCCACCUUGUCUUGAGGACGAAGAUGGCAUACAUUGGUCGGAGACGUUCAAGGACUUCAUCAAGACAACGCUCAUACAUUCUGCGACCGUGCGUCCGACUCCGGAAGAAAUGCUAGAACAUCCCUGGAUCGUGGAAAACAUGCAGAAGGAAGUACCAAUGGGCCGGUGGAUUCGGGAGGUCUGGGGCUGGGCACCCCCUCCGAAAAAAGGGAUAGGAAAGGACAGUAAAUAA